AAUGAAGGUGAAAACUAUAAGUAGGUCUUCAGACACCUAUGUGCCGGUGCGUAACACGCAGGAGUCGGCGACGCCCAGGAACUUGAAUCCAGCAUUACAUCCUUUUGAAAGAGCCAGAGAAUAUACCCGAGCAUUAACUGCUACGAAGAUGGAAAGGAUGUUUGCUCAACCAUUUAUCGGACAAUUAGGAGAUGGACAUAGAGACGGUGUUUAUAGUAUAGCCCGGGAUUUUGGGAGUACGAAUCAAGUAGCCAGUGGAUCAGGAGAUGGGAUAAUAAAGUAUUGGGAUUUAACAUCAAGAAAUGAAACCAUUAGUUUUAAAGCACAUUAUGGGAUGGUAAGUGGAUUAGUAGUCAGUCCAAAUCAAGUUGGAAAUAAGAAGAUGUUGAGUUGUGGGGAUGACAAGACAAUUAAAUUGUGGUCAGUUAAUACUAAUGAUUUUGAAAAUGAUAUAAAUGAUGAAAUAUUAUAUGAUAACAAGAAUCAAGGAUUAAUUAAAACUUGGACUGGGGAACACGCAUUCAAAGGAUUAGACCAUCAUUUCAGCGAAGACUUGUUUGUGAGUGGAGGUCUUGAUAUACAAUUAUGGGAUAUGAAAAGAUCAAGACAUAUAUCUAAUUUGACUUGGGGAGCAGAUAAUAUAAAUCUGGUUAAAUUUAAUAAAACAGAAACAAAUGUUUUGGCAAGUACCGGUAGUGAUAAUUCAAUAGUGUUAUAUGAUAUCAGAACCAAUUCACCCAUCCAGAAAGUUGUUACCAAUAUGAGAAAUAAUGCAAUUGCAUGGAAUCCAAUGGAAGCAUAUAAUUUUGCAAGUGCAAAUGAAGAUCAAAAUUCAUAUUACUGGGAUAUGAGAAAUUUGAAAAAAUCAUUAAAUGUUUAUAAAGAUCAUGUUAGUGCAGUUAUGGAUAUCGAUUUCAGUCCAACCGGUCAAGAAUUAGUUACUGGUUCAUACGAUAAAACAAUCAGAAUCUAUAAAACCAGAGCUGGUCAUUCAAGAGAAAUUUAUCACACUAGUCGUAUGCAGCAUAUCUUCAGCGUCAAGUUUACUAGUGAUGCAAGAUAUAUCUUGAGUGGUUCUGAUGAUUCCAAUGUUAGGUUAUGGAGAGCUAAAAGUAAUGAUCGUUCAAAUAUUACAUCUUCUAAACAAAAAUCUUCAAUGGAAUACGAUGAUGCAUUAAAAGAAAGAUUCAAAUUCAUGCCAGAAAUCAAAAGAAUCUCAAGACAUCGUCAUGUUCCAAAAGUUGUUAAAAAGGCUCAAGAAAUUAAAAGAACUGAACUCGAUUCAAUUAAAAGAAGACAAGAUAAUGAAAGAAGACAUUCUAAACCUGGUUCGAAACCAGUUCACCCAGAAAGAGAAAAACAUAUCAGAGGUACCGCCAUCAAAGAUGAUUAACCAUGUAAAUUAUAUACAAAAUGUAUACCAAUACAUACAAUUAUAUAACGAUGUAUUACAUUUUUCUGUAGUUAUCCAUCAGUUGAUCCUACGUCUCGUGUUAUCAAAGGGUAUCCGGGUAUUCCCUACCCUUCAACCUUACACCGUCCUCGCCCUCUACAUCGAUGGCUCCCAGCCCUUCAUCUUCCUCUUUCCUUCUGACCCCCACUAUAACCCUCCCCAUUGCCAGAUCAUUUGCUAAAGGAUCAAAUUGAAAAUCAAAUCCUUUUUUCAUAGUGAGAGGCUUUUCGCAAAUAAAAAACGCUUUAAAAAAAACUGAACCAACCAAAAGAAGCAGGGAAAAAGGAAAAAAAAGAGAGCGAUACUCGCCCUUUCAAAUAAAUCAUUUUUUAGUUCUUUAACAAACAACUACCCAAUUCCAGUGAUAAGUGAUUGGAUUAAUCAAGGCUGAUUCACAAGUUAGGGUUCAAAUCCAG